AUGAUUACCAUCAAAGAGAGCACGGGGAGUGGGACUCACAAAGAAACGAGGUAUUCCAUGAAAUACGACCAUGCACAUGGGAUCUUGAACCUGAAAGUCACUGAUGAUACUGUGUGUCUCCAGUUCAGGACGGAGUACAUACAGGAUCUCAAGAAAGUGGAGAAUAGAAAUGAAGAUACAAAGGUGCUGAUUCGCCGGAGUGCGAUCUGA